AUGCCAUGCAAACGCCAAGCGCCGGCUGCUGCACCAUGUCCCAUUUGGGACAUGAUCGUGUCUCUGAAGGUGCUGUGUUAUGAGGAUCGUGCUGCCAAAGCGUAUUUGAGCAGCGCAGCACCUCUGGGCUGCCCUGUUCCGAAAGGCCAACAACUGGAAGCGACGUUGCUGAUGUCGCGCUCACGAAUUUCGACUGAUGUGUUGCAGUUGGCUCGGGCGUUUUGA